ACCAUCUCUCUCUCUCUCUCUUCUCUCUCUCUCUCUCUCUCAUCUCUUCGUCUCACCAAAUUUAGCAGCAAGCUAAUUCACUAUACUUCUGGUUUUUCAGAUCUUUCAAAUUAAUCCAGUGAAUAUGAAGAAAGUUGUGUUGAAGUUGGACGUACACGACGACAAGUCGAAGAAGAAAGCCAUGAGGGCAGUCUCAGGGCUCGAAGGGCUAGAUUCGAUCUCCAUGGACAUGAAGGAUCAGAAGCUGACAGUGACUGGGGACAUAGAUCCGGUAGGCUUGGUGAGCAAGUUGAGGAAGCUAUGCCGCACUGAGAUAGUGUCUGUAGGACCGGCGAAGGAGGAAAAGAAGAAGGAGGAGCCAAAGAAAGAGGAAGCCAAAAAGGGAGAGGAUAAGAAGAAAGAUCCAAAAGAUGAAGUGGCUGAGCUUCUCAAGGCCUACAAUGCAUACAACCCUCCGAUGAGUACUCAUUAUUAUGUGAGAAGUGUGGAGGAGGAUCCCAAUGCCUGUGUCAUCUGCUGAUUUAAGAUUAAGGCCAAGAUGAAUAAUGGUUAAUUCAGCUGGAUAAUUUUGAUAUACCGUUCUAAGAAGAGAGAAAAGCCAGAUUGUACAGUAGGGGGUGAUUUGGUUUUGUUCGUUUCUUUUAUUUCUUUGUUGUUGAUCUUGGAGUGGAACUAGCUAGAAGAAAAGUAAGCUUGGGAUAGGAGGACUCUUGUUUUGGAUUUUUCCAAUUACUUCUGAACGUGGUUUCGGUGUAUUACUAAGAUGAUUAAUUAAAUAUUGAAACAGUUUUUAGCACU